AUGAACUUAUCUAAUUGUUCUUAUCACUGUUAACCCUAUUGCUAGUAUGCUGUUCUAGGAAAGUAAGCUUGUCUUUNUUAAAAAGGAAAUAAAAUUUAACCUAUUUAAAAGAAAGAUUACCAAUUAUAGUUGAUUAAUUUAAAAAAUCCUCUUUAGCACCUAACUCCAUCAAUUAUAGGAAAUUGCGUGAAUUCAAUAUAUUACUUGAAAGUUCAGCCACAUUAUGAGGGUAAGUGUAAAAUCUAGUUAGGUUGUUCUUGUUGUUCACCUAGACCCACUGUGAAGAUUCCAAUUACCGUUUUGGCUAUUCCCCCUAAGGAGUACAUUCAACCAUUGAUCUAACCUGAAAAUUGGAAUCCUUAAGCAUUUUAACCUAUUAUAAUCUAAUCAAAUACUCAAGGCUAAGAAAGCAUGCUCAAUAAAAAUCUAUAGUAAAUGGCUGAUCCAAUGAAAAAUUGA